GAGGAGCUUGUCUAUGUGUGUUUGUGGGUGUGUGUUGUGCAUGCUUGUGUGUGUAUGUAACACACUUUGGACUUUUUCCCCCUAUGCUGUAGUUUGUUUCUUUCCACUGUCCUUUGCACUUUGGAGUACUGGCCUCUUUUUUCUCCCCUGCUGCUUACCAUCCAGAAGAAGGAAUUCUAGCACAGGCCUCUUUCUCAAGGGACACACUUUUUUCCAUCCUGCCUCUUUCACACGCUAACUUCUAAAGUUGCUGAAUUGCCCAGAGCGGUGGAGCAGGUGGCAGCAGUGAGUGGGUGUGAAUGUGUGUGUGUGUUUGCUGUGGUCUAAGAAAGGGGCAGUAGUACGGAGACAUGCUGAGAAACGGAAGAGUGGGUUCCUCACUCACUACCACGUCCACUUCGGAACACGGGAGUGAGAGAGGAGUCAGGCGACUCAGAUUGACCCUCCGAUCUGAUGACAUCCCCAGUGGACAGAACGAGAAGACAAACAGUUCUGCACGCGCUGAUAGCAAGAUGGUCAGCGGCCACUGGAUGAAAAAGAAUGGCCUCAUGCAGAGAGAAAGACCUCCAGGAAGAGAAUCACCUGCGCAGGAGAAGCAAUCUUACAGCGUAAGCAAUGGUGAUGUUACUGAGCGAGAGACGCUGCCGGGACUCCGGGUGUUCGGUGUGGUGCAGCAGGAAGCGAUGGCUUGUGAGCUGCCUGCCAGUGAAUUGAGAGAUGACAUGAGAUACAUCAGAGAGGUGCGGAACUCUUUGGAGAAAGUCAGAGAGCGGCUGUACGGUCAGUUUGGUGGAAUGCAGCAAUCAAUGCAAAAACUCUCACAAGAAUUAAGGAUGGCUAACUCACAUAAGCGUUAUUUGGAAGCAGAAGUAAGAUCACGGAGAGAAGCCGUCGACAGUUUCGAUCAGAUGAACAGCUCUCUCAUAUCAGCCAACAUUGACUUGCAGAAGUCACUGCUGGAGAGCUGUCAGGGUCGUGUGGGAAACAGAGAGGAGAUGAAAGCCAUGCGCAUUUCCUUCGAAAAGACUGAGGAGAAACUGAGAGAGAGGGAGAGACAACUGGCUGCUGCCCAUACUGAAAACCACAUGCUGAAACAACAGGUAGAGACCUCUAAAGAGGCCAGUGCUCAGGCUUUGAAGGAGAUGAGUGUUAAACUUCAGCAGCAGUUUGACCAGCAGAUGCAGGAACAGCAGCGGAAACACAGACAGGAAAUCGAAGCGCUACAGGUCCAGCUGGAGGAGUAUAUGUGGAGGCUGGAGGAGGCUGAGAGAAACAUAAGGCUUGUGGAGGCAAAAAUAGCCGAAAGGGACCAGAGGAUCUGCGAGGUGGAGCGUCUGCUUGAUUGCAUGGCUCGGGAAAAAGCACACUUAACCCAGAAACUCGGUGAGUGUGAAAUGCGCUUACACAACUUGGGUGAGGAUCAACUAGACUCGGGUGGAGCUAAAAAGGCUGAGCAGUUUCAGAGGGAGGUGUCAGAGCUCAAAGACAGAAUAAAGCACCUGAAUGACAUGGUGUUCUGUCAGCAGAGAAAGGUCAAGGGCAUGAUAGAAGAGGUGACAACACUGCGAGCUGAUGUGGCACAGAAGGAUGUCUACAUUUCCGAGUUACUGGACAGGCUAGCGAUAGUGGAGUGUGAGAAUAAUGAGUUAGAAGACAAGCUGAAGUAUUUUAUGUCUGUACAGAAAGCUACUGAAAAUAAGCCCAUCACAAAAGAUAUUGGAGUUGGCUGUGACUUUCCUGUUAGUCAUCAUGAGCCCCAGCCGUACGAAGCUCCGUCGUACCCGAGACCUCAGAGCCGACUGAAUCAGAGUUUACUCCGAUAUUCACCUUUACAGUACAGCAAUAUGCUCUCAGCAAACACACAGGAGACUGCAACAAGUCCUGUAGUAAACAUAGCACCAGCUCCAAGGCCCAAUCAUGAAGGACUAACACCACCUACCUCCCCAAAUACAGUUAUUAUUCCACCUGCCAGGAUUAAUCGCCCCAGCAUCUACACACCGUACAUGAGGCUGAUGGAGAUGUCAUCUAAACGUAAUACAGACCCGGCUACGUGUAGUGAAUAAUGCUUUAAAUUGGAAAAAUGAAGUGUUCAUCUUUUUUUCUUAUUCAUUUUGUAACCAUCUACUGAUCUGUGAAUAAAUUAUUAAAUAUAUACUAAUAUAAUAUUAAAUCUAUAUCAACAUAGAUAUUUUCUGAUGCACUUUUCACUUGUUUAAAAAAACAGAGGCUUUUUGGAAAAUUGCUCCUUUUAUUUCGCUUUUCUUACAACGUGUCAUUUCUCUAUAAUGAUAUAAUAUAAAAUAUAUGAAAUAAAAUAAAUGAUAUAAAAUAUAAUUUUGUGUAACAAUAUUUACAUUGUUCACAUUUGAUGCAAUAUUAAACAGAGAUUACCCUUCAUUAUUGGGUUUAUAACACAUCAUACACAUUGGAAACAGUGGGUUAGACCUCUUCCACGUUGCUCUUGGUAAGUGACAGGACAUUUCUGAAAGCAGUCCUAUAAAUAACAAGGAUUAUCAGGUGCUCCAAAUGUAAACUUGUGAUAAAGAACUUAGCUUUUUGUCUUCAAUUCAGUUCAAGAAGCAGCAGAAUAUAAUGUGAAAACAGUU